AUGGCUAAGAAAGACAAGAAGAGCAAGGAGGCCAAGAAGGCCCGGAUGGCCCAGAAAAACGAGAAAAACAACAAGAAGGCCGACGAGAAGCUGAAGAAACUGUCCAAGAAGGCGGGUGAUGACCUGGAGGACGAUAUGGAUCUGGACGAGCUGCUCAAGCAGUUGGCUCUGGAACAGGAGAAGUUCGAGGAGAUCCACGUCGAUGUGGUUGACAAACCUCUCAAACGACUGAAUGCUACACUUGUGGCCAGUAACACCAACGGCCGUCGUGAGCUUGUGUUGUUUGGUGGAGAGGUGAACACGGGGCAGACCGUUCAUUUCUUCAAUGAUCUGAACGUUUUCUCUGUGGACUCGAAAACAUGGAGACGUUACGUUUCGAAGAAUGCGCCGCUUCCCAGAUCGUCGCACGCAAUGUGCUAUCAUCCGUCGGGAAUUUUCGUGAUGCACGGUGGUGAGUUCUCGUCGCCAAAACAGUCCACUUUCCACCACUACUCAGAUACAUGGAUUCUGGACUCCCAGACCAAGGAGUGGGCUAAGGUCGACGUCAAGGGACCGCCGACCCGUAGUGGACAUAGAAUGGCAUGCUGGAAGAACUAUGUGAUGCUCUAUGGAGGGUUCCGUGAUCUUGGCUCCCAUACCACAUAUCUGAACGAUCUGUGGCUAUUUGAUAUUACCACCUACAAAUGGAAGCAGGUCGAGUUUCCAACGUCACACACCGUUCCUGAUGCACGUUCCGGACAUUCAUUUCUUCCCACUGAGUUUGGAGCCAUCAUCUAUGGUGGUUACUGUAAAGUGAAGGCUGGAAAAGGGUUGCAGAAAGGAAAAAUUUUGACUGAUUGCUGGGCCUUGAACAUGAAGAGCGAUCCUGCUCAGAGCCGGUUUGAGCGUCGUCGUAAACAGGGAUUCCAGCCCUCGCCACGUGUUGGGUGUUCUAUGCAGCACCACAAGGGCCGUGGUUUGUUAUUUGGAGGUGUGUUUGACUACGAAGAGACAGAAGAAACUUUGGACUCGGAGUUCUACAACUCGCUGCUGUCCUAUAAUAUUGAGACCAACAGAUGGUACACGUUGAGCUUGCGCUCGGCAAAGAAAAAGACGAUAGUGAAGAAGGAGAAAGUUAAUAGAGACCGGGAGCUCGAGGAUAUGCUGAACUCGAUUUUGGCAAAGAACAAUUUGGCAGAUGACGACGACGAAGAGAAGCCAGAGCAGGAAGAUGAGGAAGAGGAGGAAGAGGAGACGCUCGAGGUGCGCAACCAGAUGCCGCAUGCGAGAUUCAACGCGCUGACCUGCGUCUUGGACGACAACCUGUACAUUUACGGAGGAAUGUACGAGGCCGGGGAGCAAGAGUAUAAUUUGGACUCGUUUUAUUCUGUUGACUUGUCGAAACUGGAUGGAGUCAAGGUUUUCUGGGAAGAUCUGUCUGAGUUGGAGCGGAAGGACGCUGAGGACAGUGAGGAUGAUGACGACGAUGACGAUGAUGAUGAUGAAGACGACGACGAAGAGGAGCAGACCAGAGAAGUUUUGGUGGCAGAAGAAGAAGAAGAAGACGAAGAAGAGGCGGACGAGGAGCCAGAGAUUCCAGAUGAGCAUCCAUGGCUCCCUCAUCCAAAGGCGUUCGAGUCCCUGAGAGCGUUCUACCUGCGUACUGGAGCCGACUUCCUCACCUGGGCUAUCAGCCAGAACCCGCAUACUCGUGGAAAGCACUUGAAGACCAAGUCGUUCGAGCUGUGCGAGACCAGAUGGUGGGAGAGAAGAGAGGCUGUGCAGAUAGAGGAGGACAGUCUUGAGGAGAGCGGAGUUACUGAUGUCAUAGAGAAAGAUUUCUCCAAGGGACAGAAGAGAAGAUAG